AUGUUCCAGUUCACCCAUGUAAUCAAUGUCCUAAGAGCAGAACACCUAAGGACCUUCCACCGUAAGGAUCUUCUCGACGGACAUAUUAUGAGACAAAAUUCGAGCUUCGUUUAUCAGUCAAUACCCCAUCUCGUCGAGGAAGAUUGGAAUCAUCUUGACAAUGGCUUUGAUGGCUACACUAGUAGUGAUGCCUUUAGUAGCUGCCAAUCUUCAUCUACUGCCCCUACCUCUGUUUCUGGUGGAGGCACUGAACAGCGCGCAGCAAAUGAGGCAUUUAUCGACCUUCUCUACAGCGCCGUAGAUCUACGAAAGCUCAUACAGCCUAUUUUGAAUGACGAAUAUAUCAAUCCGAGAAGGCUUACAAUCAAGCUCCGAAAAGUACUCAAGUUAUUUGGACAAGACUUGUCAGCAGAAUUGCAGUAUCCGGAAUCGACACGAAUAGGUGGGUUCUUCAAGAAGUCAUCUAGACUGCUCUCUUGUGAGAUUAUCAAUGGAUUGUACGAAGAGGAAAGAGAGGAUGUCAGUAAGAGUACCGCUACGAGCAGGGAAGUCGACUUGGUGUCUGAAGGUGAUGAGCCAGACGAUUCUAGCUCCGAAGAUGAGCCAGCUGCCCAGCCAGAUAUGCUCAGCAUACAGAAUCUUGUCGCCUCUACGAACUCUUUCAGUGCAUUUAUCACGAGAUUAGUCGAUUUGGCUAACCCAUCCUUUGAGUCACGGCUAAAGCGUUUGGCCAAGUCGCAGAGUAAGGAACUCAACGAUUCAGAGUCCAAGAGAGUUGCAGAGACGGUAUCAGAACUUCUAUAUUCGAAACCAGUAAAGAUUGAUCUGGAAGAAAGUGGGAGAAUGUCGUGGCUGUACAAGUUAACAUCCGCAUUCAGGGCAGCUCUGUCAGACGAGUGGAACUGGUGGCCAUUUUCGGAGCCCCAGCCACUGCCACCGCCCAAUUUCGCUACCUUGAGUUGGGCAUGUAUUUGCGGAGAUAUUCGAAGAGAAGUGGUUCCAGAGGCCUUCGCACGGCGUGUUGUCAAGAUCCGAGCUCAGACGCUGCCUGCAUCUUCUGCAUCAACUGCGGCAUCACCAAACUUUUUCAGGGGUCAUACCGAACCCUCUUCCAGCCAGAAUGCCGGUAAAGGCAACUAUAAGUAUCAGCAAAACUCGAUACAACAUGCGACGCCUGGGCAAAGUUCCAUCAUAUCAAGCGGGCUCCCAGCGACCAUGUCGAUGCCGUCAACGAGUCGAUAUAUCAUGUUCUUUGUAGACUCAGGAGGCUUGAAGCUCAGUGCUAUUGAGUCAGAGUCUCUAUGUAACGAGCAGCUUUUCCGCCAAAUGAGAUCCGAGUUUCGACAAGUCAAAGGGUGGUUCAUGACUUGGUUUGGUCUCAUGACAUUCUCUCACUGCGACUUUUACCAGUCCUAA